AGGGGGUGCGUCUUAGGAUAGGAUAGCAUAGCAUAGCAGAGCAUACCCCGCAACCACGUCCUCCUCCUCCUCUCCACCCUCCUCACCUCAUCUCAUCUCAUCCCCUCCUCACCUCGUCAGCAUGAGCAGCUCACGCCUCGUGGCAUCGGUCACCGCCUCUGCCAAGGCCGGACGCUCAUCCGGGAUCCGCACCCUGUCCACCUUGGCUGCUCGCCCUGCGCCGCCACACAGGCGUAUCCUCACCCGCCCACCUCCCUCGCGCCUACUCCAGCAACGCAGCUACGCCGUACCAGCCAUGUCCACACCUCCAGCAGCCAAUGCAGCAGCCCAAACAGCACACAACUCGGGCGUACCCCCUCCCAUUGCCCUCACCGAAGCCGACCUCACAAGGCUCGCACGUCAGAGGAACAUCGGAAUCGCAGCCCACGUAGACUCGGGGAAGACGACCCUCACAGAGCGAGUCCUCUUCUACACCGGUCGUAUCAAGGAUAUCCACGAAGUCCGUGGAAGGGAUGCCGUGGGGGCAAAGAUGGACCACAUGGAGCUCGAGAGGGAAAAGGGAAUCACAAUUCAGUCUGCUGCAACCUACUGUCAGUGGAAGGCCACACCCCCAACCGAGACUAGGGCGGUGAGCGGAGAUGCUGCAGAGAUGGAUACAAAAGGAGCAGCCCCCAAGGAGGACUUUCACUUUAACAUCAUCGAUACUCCAGGUCACGUAGACUUCACCAUUGAGGUGGAGAGGGCACUCAGAGUCCUCGAUGGAGCCGUGUUGGUCCUCUGCGCCACUUCUGGCGUGCAGUCACAGUCCAUGACCGUAGACAGACAGAUGAGGAGGUACAAUGUACCUCGCAUCUCCUUCAUCAACAAGAUGGACAGGGCAGGAGCCAACCCUUGGAGAGUCGUGGAUCAGAUUAGGUCCAAAUUGAAGAUGAAUGCGGCAGCUGUCCAGAUUCCCAUUGGAGCAGAAGAGGACUUCAAGGGCAUCGUCGACCUAGUCAGGUGGAAGACUGUCUGGAACGAGGGAGAAAAGGGUAUUGUCAUCCGAGAGGAGGACGGCGUGCCCGAUGAUUUGCUCGACUUUGCCAAGGCCAAGCGUCAGGAGCUCGUCGAGCAGCUAUCAGAGGUCGACGAGACAAUGGCUGACAUCUUCCUGGAGGAGCGAGAGCCCACACUCGAGGAGCUGGCCACAUCGAUCCGCAGAGCCACCCUCACCUGCCGAUUCUCACCGGUGUACAUGGGCUCUGCCAUCAAGAACAAGGGAGUGCAGACGCUCCUGGAUGGAGUCUGCGCUUACCUGCCCAACCCAUCAGAGGUACCGGUGACCGCUAUUGACAACAGCGCCAAGGCUCAAAAGGACAAGGCAGAAGCAGUCGCUGCCGCUGCUGAGGGCGAGGGCGAUGUAGAGAGCGCAGUGGCAGCAGCUAAGAAGACGCAGACGAUCAUGCCUCUUGCCCCCGCCUCUGCCGCUCCCUUUGUCGGUCUUGCCUUCAAGCUGGAAGAAGGGAGAUAUGGCCAGCUGACCUAUGUGCGUGUCUAUCAAGGGACACUGAAGAAGGGCACUACCAUCUACAAUGCCCGCACAGGAAAGAAGGUCAAGGUGCCUCGUCUGGUACGAAUGCACUCCAACGACAUGGAAGACGUCGACGAGCUGGGAGCCGGAGAGAUCUGUGCCAUGUUUGGCGUAGAGUGCUCUUCUGGUGAUACCUUUACAGACGGCACCACCAGUCUCAGCAUGACGAGUAUGUUCGUUCCCGAGCCCGUCAUCUCUCUCGCACUCACACCCGAAGGAGCAGACGGCAAGUCCGGCGCCGGGGGCGUCUCUCAGAACUUCUCUCGUGCGCUCAACAGGUUCCAAAAGGAAGACCCCACCUUCCGCGUGCACGUCGACUCGGAGUCGAGUGAGACGAUCAUCUCUGGCAUGGGUGAGCUUCACCUGGAGAUCUACGUCGAGCGUAUGCGGAGAGAGUACAACGUUGCCUGCACGACUGGUAAGCCCCGCGUGGCCUUCCGCGAGACCAUCGGUGCCAGAGCCGACUUCAACUACACGCACAAGAAGCAAAGUGGUGGUGCUGGUCAAUUCGGUCGAGUCAUGGGAUACAUCGAACCCAUGGACCCAGACGAGGAGACGGGCAAGGAUGUCGCCUUUGAGAAUCGCGUCAUGGGAGGCUCCAUCCCCACUGGGUACUUUGCCGCGUGCGAAAAGGGUUUCCAGGACGCACUAGAAAAGGGACUUCUCACGGGUCAUCCAGUCACUGGUGUUCGCUUUGUCCUCGAGGAUGGAGCAGCACACAGUGUCGAUUCUUCUGAGCUGGCCUUUCGACUGGCUGUAGCUGGUGCAUUCAGAGACGUGUACAACAAGGCUCGCCCGGUCGUCCUCGAACCUCGAAUGGCCGUAGAGGUCAUCUCCCCCAUUGAAUUCCAGGGAGCCGUCGUGGGUGGUCUCAACCAACGUAAAGGAACCAUCGAAGACACCGAGGUGAGGGAAGACGAAUUCACUCUACAGGCAGAAGUCAGCUUGAAUGAUAUGUUUGGCUAUUCGAGUCAAUUGAGGGGAAUGACACAGGGUAAAGGAGAGUUCUCGAUGGAGUAUAGGAAUCAUGCACCGGUGAUGCCGAAUGUUCAAAAGGACAUGGAGGCAGAGUAUCGCAAGAAGCUCGACAAGAAGUGAGGGAUUCGGGAGAGGAAACAGAUCAUGAUAGAUGAAUAAUUAGACACACGCGGAACACUUUCAGAGGUUCGCAAGAGCCUCUGUGUCGUCAUUGCCGUGCAUGCACACACACGCUGGACGACGCCUUCCCUCUCUUUGUAUUAUUGCGCCUUCUGCACGCCGAAAUCUCUUUCAGCAUAUCCACCACUUUGCUCUCAGCUCUC